AUUUUUUUAUUAAUUAAUCUUAAACUACAAAAUGACAUCCGUACAUUGUCAGCUAUGGAUGGGCAGUCUGGAGUCCUACAUGACGGAGAAUUUUAUAAUUGCUGCCUUCCGAAAAAUGGGCGAGGAUCCGACCACAGUGCGUUUGAUGCGUAACAAAUAUACGGGAGAGCCAGCCGGCUACUGUUUCGUCAACUUCAUAUCCGACGAUCACGCUCUUGAUGCCAUGCACAAGCUUAAUGGCAAACCAAUUCCCGGCACCAAUCCCAUCGUGCGUUUCCGUCUUAACUCCGCCAGCAACUCGUACAAGCUGCCGGGCAACGAGCGCGAGUUUAGCGUUUGGGUUGGCGACCUUAGCUCCGACGUGGACGACUAUCAGCUGUACAAGAUUUUCUCCAGCAAGUUCACGUCUAUCAAGACUGCCAAAGUGAUUUUGGAUAGUCUGGGGUUCUCCAAAGGAUACGGGUUCGUGCGCUUCGGUAUCGAAGAUGAGCAGAAGUCGGCGCUGUAUGACAUGAAUGGGUUCAUCGGCCUGGGAACCAAACCGAUCAAAAUAUGCAAUGCUGUGCCAAAGCCAAAAUCGGAACUUGGCGCUGCCCUUGGCGUUAGUGGCAGCACCAACUACGGCUACUCUGGCGCUGGAGGAACAUCAUCUCCUGCCGCCGGUGCGGACUACUCGCAGUACUAUGAUCCCACCAGCACCUAUUGGCAGGGCUACAACGCCUGGCAGGGAUACUACGAACAGGCUGGUCCCUCCAUCACAGACGCGGCCGCCUACUACCAACAGGCCAUGUCACAGUCCCACUCGAACCCUCAGACGCUGGCCCAGCAUGCGGAGGCUUGGAGCGCACAGCGGAGCGCUCAGUACGAGCAGCAGCAGCAGCAAAGUGCCGCCUCCAAUGGUGAAACUGAUCCUGAUUUUGGCCUAGUGGAACACAAAUUCGUCCUGGACGUUGAUAAAAUGAAUCGCGAGGCUAUCGAUUCUGAUCGUCGUCUAUACGAUGCAUUGGAGAGCUCCAAGUGGCUGCCCAUUGAGCAGUUGGAGGUCUUUUAGGCUAUUGUCAUAACAUACAUUAAAUUUAUGGACCUAUCAUAAUACCUACUUUAAGUUUGACAGAAGAUUAUAUUUGCAUACAUAUUGCGUAUAUGUAAUGUAUAUGUAUGUACUUCUGUCACAGUACAAUCCCUAUACGAUAAGAUAUAAAUAUCAUAUUAUAGCUGGAAAAACAUCAA